ACGUCCCCGAUCGCGUGCCCCAACCGCCACCGUGUCCCCGGGGCGCCAUGGGGGCCCCGCGCUGUGCCCCGCUACUGCUACUCCUGCUGCUGCCGCUGCUGCUCACGCCGCCCACCGGGGAUGCCGCGGUCAUCACCGGGGCUUGCGACAAGGACUCCCAGUGUGGAGGAGGCAUGUGCUGCGCUGUCAGUAUCUGGGUGAAGAGCAUACGGAUCUGCACACCUAUGGGCCAAGUGGGAGACAGCUGCCACCCCCUGACUCGGAAAGUUCCAUUUUGGGGGCGGAGAAUGCAUCACACUUGUCCCUGCCUGCCAGGCUUGGCGUGUUUACGGACUUCUUUCAACCGGUUUAUUUGUUUGGCCCGGAAGUGAUCACUUUGAAGUAGGAACUUGAAGUGUGAACCUCCACUGCACAAUGUCUGUCGAGUCUCACUUGUGAUUGUGUCACACAAAGAACAUGCCAGAAAGAAAUGCUCUCGCUUCCUCAACUUUCCAAGUCACAUUUUGAAGUGAUUUUUUUUUUUUCUUUUUGAAGGAGAGUUUUGAUUUUUGGAUAGACUUAUAAAGGGCAAAGCAUUCUGGAAUGGCUUCUCAUUUCCCUGUUUAUGUUUUGGCUUGACAUUUUUUUGAAUGCCAGUAACAACCACUUUCACAAAUAGGAGAAUAAGAGUAGGUAUUUUGCUGCAGAAGCUUUUUUUUUUGUCCUUUGCAAACCGUCUGCCCAUCCUGCCCAGUGCAGACACUCCCUUCCUCCCUCUUCAAAGACUCCCAUGGCCCUCACUUUAGCCUAGUAUUUUAAAGUGCGGUCUCUACAACCCUAGCUUGCUGGCAGAGCCACGGCGGAGGCUCAGACAGCUAGCUCCAGAUUUAUUUGGUGGCAAGAGGACGCAUUUGAACCAGACCCUCUAGACAGCUCAUUGGGAGUGGAAGUUGGGAGUGCUUCUGGAACUUUCCUGCACCCAUCUAGCCAGGCCGUUCAGUCGUACUGGUUAACUGGUGGUAGGACAAAGUGAAUGGGACAAGGAAUGUGGACCACUUUUCUAGAUUUGUUUGAG